AUGGAAUAUUCCCUUCUAGACCUUUUCCUCCUGAUGCUGCCUGGGGUGCUCUCAGGAGGGACUAAUUGUAUGGUGCAGGAGGAGUAUCAAAACCUGAAGGCGUCUGAGGGUGGCAAGGUGAACAUGGCCUGCAAAGUCAACUGGACCGAGUGGGAGCAAGUCCGAGUAGAGUGGAAGAAGGAUGAUGAGGUUUUGUGCCAGUCCACACCCAUCAAGCAAGACUCCAGCAAGAUUCUAUGUGCGUCUAGAGAACUGUUGUUCUGGAUCCCAGAAAAUAUUGUCAUCCUGAGUCUGGAUUCUGUGACUCCUAAUGACAGUGGGUGUUAUGUGUGCCACAUGACAAUGGAAAUCCCACUAUUUGAGAGAACGAAUAAAACUAGGAUACGUCUCCAAGUCUCAGGGUCUGGAGAUUUCUCCCAGUCGGAUUGGAUCAAUGGCUAUCUAGGUCUCCUCUUGUGGUUAGUGGUGGCAAGUGUCCUGGUGUCUGGGGCUGUGCUGGGAAUAAAGAUCUAUCGAUUCCUUAGGAGGAGCAGAGAGUCUGUGCAUCACUUUUAUGGCAAUGUUCUCUACUACCACCAGAAGACUAAGGAGGCCAACCCAGGAAAGAACAAGACUCUGGCAUGCCCAGUGGAGAGGGAGAGAGGGGAGAGCAUCUAUUCCACUAGUUUCCCCAAGCCCUCACCCUGUUUGGCCCAGGCCCCUGGAACCCUCCCAGUCCACCAAAGCCUGCAGCCUGCUACUUCUAGGCCAGAAAAAACAGCUUAUUUCCCUCCGACCCCUCACUUAAUUUAG